CAAUCCAAUCCGCAGAAACUGUUAUGUAGGCGUCGGACGAUGGAGGCAUUCCCGCCGGAGUUAUUGGCCAAAAUCUUCGGGUUCCUUCCAGGCAAGGAAAUCGGCAGGGCUGCCCAAGUGUGCAGGCGCUUCUACGAAGCAAGCCAGGUGGAAUACGUCUGGCGAACACGGUGUGCCGAGGAGUUCUCCAUCAAGGUCAAGCACGUGGGCGAUUUCUCCUUCAGGGAUGUUUACGCCAAGUUGCUGCACCGGUACCGCUUCUACCUGGGACUAUGGCAGCCACAAGUCUCGUCCUAUGGAGGUCUCUUCCAAGUCAAGUUUGAUGUGCAGCUGGUGGCCAUUGUGGGGCGGGAGCUGCUGCCCCCCAGGGACCCCCACUUUACGGAGCCGCUGCGGCCAAGGACCCUGUUCCGCAUCGGGCUGGACAAACCCCGGGACGUGACCUGCGUGGGCGGCUACGGAGGACCCCACGAGGCGUCCAUCAACGAGAGUUCGAGGGACAAGUUCUCCUUCAAGUGCUGCGACUCGAGCCAGCACCGCCACCCUUCGGGAAAGCACCAGGAGCUGCGAGAUUGGCUGCACGAGGAGGCCUCGGUGUCCCUGGACAUGCACCAGUUCCCCCACAGCCAGGAGCUGCUGCUGAUGAAGUUCCUCAUCCUGCGGCAGUACGACUACUCGUUCCAGUACCGGCGGGUGCGGCUGCAGGAGUCCCCCCCGGGUGUGCCCAUCCGGCCCGGCAUCUUCGUGGGCACCUACGGCACCCACGGCCUGGAGCUGGUGCAGCUCGAAUACCUCGACGGGGCCUCCAAGCUCAGGGCCGUCAAACUCUCGGGGGACCCCAACGUUCCCUGCGGCCAGACCACCUUCGAAGUGGUGCUGCAGUACGGCAUGGAGCUGUCCCUGGAGCAGCAGGCGUCGGUGGCCUCCCUGGAUGCCCUGGACGUGCGGCCCGGCACGGGGGGACCCCAGCCCUUCCGGGUGCCGGGCGACUGCCACGAGCGCUUCCACCAGCUGCCGCGCUCCUGCGUAGCCAGGUACCACGGCCUGGGCCAGGUGGCCGGCCACGGCUUCACAAACCCGUCUUUCUCCCGGGGCCACUGGGUGGUCUUCAGCGAAGACCUCUUUGGCUUCCUCUGGCUCGAGCUGCUCUCGCUGAGCAUGUACCACCGGGUGCAGGAAGACCUCAGCUGCUGAAGACACGGCCAUCCCCCCCACCCUCUUCGUCCGGCUGCAACUAUGGAAAGCACCUCUAACACCGGCUUGUCCUUGCCAAGCUUGCCAUUUUUUAGGCGUGGAGGUGCACUUAACGGCUGCCGAACUACCUUUUUUGGCGGCAACGCGAAGCGGCGAAUCUCUCGAGAGUCCUAAACCCGGUGGCCAUGUCGGCCUGGUUUCGUCUACCCACUUGCGGCACACCACUAGUUUCAAGCGACGGAACUCGGCUGAUGUGCUGGCACCACGGCCAUUAAACGACUAAAUUCCGUCGACCAGUAAUCGCAGGAACAGCGUACGGCUGAAAGAUGUUUUUCCGCAUCUGGGGCAGUACGCCAACGAGAGGACUCGUUCAAUCUUUUGAUCUUUCGUCAAGUCUGUAUUCCUGUAGGACGAUGCGAGUCGGCUAGCAUAAUUGUGCGUUUCUGGUCGUGACAAGUGUUGUGACUGUCUGUUCCCUCCUCUUUUCCCAGAGAAAAAAAAAAAAGGAAUUAGCUCGAAAGAUCGAGCAUGUGCCAAUACUGCGGCAGGUACCUACCCUUCCCUUCUAUUUAUUUUUAUUAUUGCUACACGAAGAAGGCAUUUUUUAUUUUUAUUAUUGCUACACGAAAAAGGCAAUCUUGCUCGAGCAUUUGAGCAGGCGCACUCGUUCGAUUUUGGCAUGGGAUGCUUCCCCACUUUGUUUUGGUACUUGCCUGGUAUUUCGUGGCAUACGCUGCGUGACGACCUAGGCGUGAAUCUGUGGCGAGCGCUGUGAAUGGCACGACCUGCCUGCGCAAAGCUCCUAGAUUAAGCUUAUCUGCGGAGUUGUGCAAGACCAGUGUUUCUGGCAGUGACAUUUUUUUCUGUUGUGAUUUUACCGUUUAAUAUAUGUUGAAAGCUGA